AUGUCAUUGGGUCGUAUGUGUUCCUACUCAUUGCAGGACUACAGUUUAAAAGGUGUUGCUCCGACAAAGCGGUUUCUGCUAGUUAUCAUGGAUGUUAUACUGUUUUUAUUAGUGUUAAAAGUGCAAUUGGCUUUUAGUCUCGAUUUGAAAGAAUUUGUACCAUUUAAACACGAUAUUAUCAGAGUUCGAAAUGAAAGUCAUUUGAGAGCCCUUGAGGACCUUAAUCAGUAUGCCGUACUUGAUUUUAUCGGACUGGUCGAGCGCCAUGGGUACACGGCAGAGGAACACAAAGUGACGACAAGCGACGGGUACAACCUCGUGCUGCAUCGGAUUACUGGGGGCCCGUCAAGUCCACUUGCGAAGGAAGGUGGUCCGAGCAAGCCCGUUGUAUUCGCGCAGCACGGACUUUCCCUAUCCAGCGACUCGUUUGUCUUGAUUGGACCUGGCAAGGAUCUCGCCUUUCUUCUUGUGGAUGCUGGUUACGAUGUAUGGCUCGGAAACGCACGAGGCAACACUUAUUCGAGAUCCCAUAUUUCUUUGUCUCCGGAGGAUAAACAAUUCUGGGAAUACAGGAUGAAUUUACUUCAGACACUUCUGUCCAUUUUCUACCCCCAAUUCUUAGCUUUGAUUCAGCAGUUCGAUUGGUUGGGUUAUCAGAACAAGGGUGUCGUGCUCGCACUGUUGAAUAAUUUCCAAGUAAAAAAAGUAUUGCCACAGAGCACCAUGGCCGCAGCGUUUGGGGCUAAAUUUUGCAAAGACGGAGAUGCUCUUCAAAACUUAUGUACUUCGUUGAUUUCUACAAUUGGACUAGACCCACUCCGACUGAAUCGAACGGCUAUACUCAACAUUUUAGCACAUUUUCCAGCUGGAACCUCUGUAAUUACUGUCUAUAGCUACAACCAAAAUUACAAAAUGAAAAAAUUUCAAGCUUACGACUAUGGUGUUAAAGAUAAUAUGAGAAAAUAUGGUCAAAAAACACCUCCUGUCUACGACCUAUCCAAAGUAACAGCCCCUGUUUCAAUAUGGUACGCCAAGAAUGACGAUAUAGUCAACUACAAGAGUUCUGAAAAGCAGGGCUUGAGGGACGGAAGACGGAAGAGUAGCCCUAAGCCCACGACUUUUGUCAUGAACACUAUUUUUACUACCGAGGGUGCAGAAAAUGUCCAAAUGUUACGAAAAACGCCCUGA